AUGAUUGUGAAGAUGUUGAUUUUGUUUGUGUGCAUUCAAUUGAUGGAUUCUUGUCGUUUGAGAUGUCGAGAAAGACAAUGUGACAAUGGUUGGACGUACUACAAAAGAAAUACAACUGGGUGGUGCAUGAAAAUUGUUUCGGUACCAGAAAAAUAUAUGACAAAAAGCGAUGGUGUAGCGGCUUGUGCUGAUUUGGGAGCUGUUUUAACAUCAAUCGAUGAUUCCACAAUGAACGAUGUGAUUAACACUUUGAUGAUCGCGGCAAAUAUUCAAAAAGCAUCUUGGAUUGGUGGAACAUUGAAAACUGAGUGCACCUUAACUGAGUGUGGACAAAAAACUGCAUAUGAUGAAUGUAAACUAACUGAGACCUGUGGAUAUAAUCGAUAUAUUUGGACUGAUAAUUUCACAACUUCAAGUUCCGACGAAUAUAUUUUUGAUAGGAUAAAGAACGUUAAUUGGAUCGACACAGUGGGUUAUUAUUAUCCAUUUUCCGAAAUGUGCACAUUCACUGUUGGAAAGAUUGAUGCGUGUGAUGCAACCAUGUCCCCAAACUCGGCAGUUUGUGGAAAGAAAUCUAACAGUUGA